AUGGAGUUUGGUCCAGUGCUAAACGAUAGCAAGCAUUAUGAAAAGAUCAGUCCUGAGUGGUCUAAAAUAAAGGAAGUUGUUCUAGAGAGUAAUCCUGAGCUACUGACCACAAUGAUGAGGCAAAUGAAAAUGCAGCAUAAAAACAACAAGGACUUCUUGAUGAAACUAAAACUUCUAAAUAGACACCCAUCUAUACUCUAACCAACUCAAAGAUAGGAAAACCAUUUAAGCUAAGAGGGUAAAAAACUAUUAUUAGUUUACAGUGAUAACAAUAACUCCCCUAGUUUUAUGCAUGACACUUCUCAUCAUAACCAUAACAAUAACAAUUAAAAUGAUAACUCUAACUAGUAGAUCAAUGAGUCAGGCUUAAUGAAUAUAGGUAGAGUCAAGAGAUAAAAGAGACUAAAAGCAGUAGGUGCAGGAAGUAUCUAUGUAGAGGAUAAAGGAGAAGAUUAAAUGAUGCAUCGGUUAAAAAACCAUAAGGAAAUCUCUAAGGAAUAACUGAGAAACAGAAGGAUUGAAAGCUUGAUUAAGAGAUCGAAGCAUCACCAAAAUUGCCAUAUAUCUAUGUUUGAUAGGAGAGCCAAAAGUCAGUUGAAGCUUAUGAACAGAACUGACGGAAAUGACAGUUUCUCCCCAUUGAGAAGUGCCAGCAAGCUCAAGGAAUUAGUUUAACAGAAAAAUAAGGAAAAUGAUUAAAUGAUGGAUUUUAUUGAAAUGGACUAAGAGGAGGUAAAGAAAGAUAUUGAGAGAAGAGAAGCUGAACUGGCAGUUAGACAUCAAAGAAUAACCAAAACUUAAAUCUAAAGACUCAGACAUGAACAGAGAUUGAAGCUGAUGAAAGGAUAAAACUAGAGCUAAGACGCAAGACUUAAAAUGAGGGAAAGAGUAUAGACUGAUAUGAACCCCAAUCUCAGAAAGCGAGGCUUUAAAAAUGAUCAUCUUCCUGCUAUAAUGAUAGAUGAUGAGAAUCAAGAUAUCAAUCAAUAUGACUUGCUAGAUCAAGACUUACCCGUUAAACCCCAAUUUCAAGAUUCCCUAGAUGAUGAAUAUCUAGAAUAACAACAAUAAUUAAAAGAUCUAGAAAUUGAGAGAAGAAUUUAGAGUUCUCCACCAGCAAUGUCAAGUGAUGAAGAUAACAGAGAUGAAGCUUUCAAAAAGCGAGUGAAACAGAUUGUUAAGUAUAAUAAUCUUCUUUUGGCUAAGACCUAGGACCGAUUUCUUGAUAGAUUAGCCAAAUAAAGUAGUAAUUCCAAUCUUGAUGAUGUUAUCAGUCUUGUCGAAAAAGAGUAGAACAAGAGACUGCCUUUGCUUCCAGCUAGUAAAAAGUUCAUUUCAGACUUUGUGAUUAUGAAUGAUAUGCCUAAGAGUUCAAGAAAUGCAACCACCUCCUAAUUGAAUCUCAAAAAGAAUACUAUCAAUUCGAAUACUUCCACCACUGAUAACUUUAAAUCAUUCGUAAAUAGCAAUAUUCACAGCACAGUUCAAACUCCAAAAAUAGUUGGAAAUUCAAUCACUCCAAGGCUCUACAAGGUCUCCCCACCAAGAAAUACUGACUAGCAAUAACUGCCAGAUGCUUUUUAGGUCAAAAUGAGAGACAAAUUCAUUAAAAAAUCUUAGCUUUAGUAUCAUAAGAUUAUGAUUUCACAAUGA